GUGAUAACACGUGAUAACUUGGUUAUCGAUCAAAGUGUCGCUGUAGUGUGCAUGUCGUUUUUCAGUUGGCAAGGGAUACUCGACCGAGCUAGCGUGGCUUGAAGGCUGACGGAGAUGUAUCGUCUUUGUUCUUUCCACGAUGACAGAUGGAAACGCUGCGUAAACUGGAAGUCAAAUUAGGAGGCGAAAGAGAUACACAGAUUGAUGGUUGUUGUGACGUUUCAGUCGACUGAAAGUAAACAGAUUUUUCAAAGACAGACACGAGGCAGGUUCCCAAAAACGUGCAUAAGAGGGACCGGAGAAGGAAAUACACCAUAAAAUUAAUCAUUUGAUGUAUCAGGUGGGAGUGCCAAUGGCUCUUCCAUGCAAGUUGGCACACUGCAUACCUGUGAUUUUCUUAAUGGUUCUCUCACUCUCAGUGAACUGUUUUGGAACCGAAGACUUUGACUGUUUGGACGAAUGGUCCGAGCCUCAGACAGUUCAGGAGAGCAACACCUACUUUUUGGAAAAUGAAACAUUCACUGUCACCUGCACACUCCCUGCUUGUAAUCGUUACAAAGGUUUCACUGCUGGCGACAUCGGUUUCUACUUGGAGAAACGG